AUGCCCAGCAUUGGACCAGAGAUUCCCGCUCAUCUAUUGAGAAAUACCACCCCAGGAGACGAGCAGCAAGGGGAACCCUCCAUAGGCCCGAAAAUUCCGCAUGCACUUACUACUGCUCCCGACGACGAUGACGACGACGACGACUACACCCCUCUACCCCCAGACUUAGUCGCAUCAAGAUCAAGUGAUAAAGUACGUCCCGCAAGGCCUAUAUUAGGACCAUCUUUCCCGCCUGCUCCAGGAAGCAGCGUAACUUUCGACGACUCUGAUGAUGACGAGGUUGGGCCGAAGCCCUUGCCCGCAGGCAUCAAGUACAGGGAGCAGGAUGCCGUUGCGCAGUUCAUAGAAAAGGAAGAGGCCAGAAGGAAGAACGCGGAGGAAGCAGCGAAACCAAAAACCCUGAAGCGAGACGAAUGGAUGUUGGUGCCGCCAUCAUCCUCUGAUUUGUUAGGCAAUUUGGAUCCUACAAAACUUAACAAACCCCGCCAAUUCUCCCGUUCUGCAGCGCCUGCUCGUGAAGUUGACAACUCACUAUGGACAGAGACGCCCGCAGAACGUCAACAACGAAUUGCUGAUGAAGUCGCAGGGAAGAAACGCAGAGCUGCUAAUGCUGAACCCGCGCUAUCAGUCGAAGAAGAGCUAGAGAUGCGUAAGAAGAGAAGGGUGGAUGAAGCAAUACGGAAGGGGGUCGAGGAGCAUACGCGCAACAUACGAGGCUCAGCCCUCGUAGACCGCCAUGCCAAAUCAUCGAAGCAGGAUGAUGACCCAAAAGCGAGCGCUAUAUGGGAACAUGGCAGAGAUAUGUCUCUCGGAGGAAGACUUAUGGACGAUUCUACUCGGGCAAAGAUGCUCAAGGAUGCGAAGAGCCUCGGAGACAGGUUUGGAUCUGGAUCAAAAGGUGGCUUCUUGUAA